AUGAACGACGAGAAUCACCCAAAGGACAGCGGUAGCCACGCCGGCAGCGCGGGAGCGCCAGUUGGAGUUGGAGGUAACAGCGCGAACGUGGCAGGCGGCAGUGGGGUCGGUAGCAGCAUGAGCGGUGGCAAUAUGGGAGGUGGUGCUGGCAGCGGCGAUGGCGUGUCGGGAAACGGGGCGGUAUUUGCGUUGAAACAGCCGCAGAGGCAGGACUCGAUAUCGAUGUUCACCAACUUCAGCCACCCGAGGUUCUCGACGGAUGCGUCGAUAUCGUCGUUUCUGAAUAUUGCCUCGGAGCGGCCCUCUGUGAGCGGGGGAGUGCCCAGUAAUGGCGAUCUUUCGCAGAUCGGCAGAGGGUACUCGAUAAUCAACAAUAUGUGGCCGCAGCAGAUGGGCGGUCUCGGCGGUGGUGCCAACGGCGGCACGCCGAGGAACUCGGAUGUUGGCCAGGGCCAGUUCAACACUGUGAGAAGACAAAGCGAGACGCUUGAACCGUUCAUGCCGCCAAGAUUCAAGACUCCGUCGUUUUCGUCCAAACAGCCCAGCCAGCAGCAGCAACGACAGCAGCAGCAGCAGCAGCAGCAGCAGUUUGCAGACUCGAAUACCGGAGUUUCGAACUCAAAUAUGGUUCCUCAGCAGUACAGGUUCCCAACAACACCACAACCAUCUUCGAAGCGAAAUUCAAUAUAUUUCGGGCCAAAUGAUGCUGCAGAUUUGGAGUUUUUCCAUUCAGCAACAGCAGGCUCGCAGACAGCAGCGGCAACCAGCAAAAGGGAUUCCUUUACUGCGAAUUCGAUGAAACCACCAAUGAUCGUACCCCUGUCAAGUGGAGCGGUUCCAACUGUGAACAAUAACGGGAAAUUUUCAUACAACAGCUCGAAUACGAAUACGAGUACGAAUACGAGUGCAAAUACGAAUGCGAAUCCAAACGUGGGCAUGAAUAGCCAUGCGAACGCAGGUAUAAACUCGAACGCGAACGUCAGCGCAAAUGGGAACACAAAUGCGAAUGCAAUUGCAAACACAAAUCCUAAUACAAAUCCAGCAACAUCGGUGUCCGAAUUUGACACUCUGUUUUCAUCUGCAAAUGGUGGCGCUAACAACAGCGGAGUCAUAAAUGGAAAUUCAUUAUUGAACACAAGGAAUAACUCACUGAAAUUCAAUGCGGAAGAUUUUGACUUUCAGUUCAAAAGAAGAGAUUCCUCUGUGAGAGCUACUUUAGACAAUCAAAGCUAUACACCAGGACCACGAGGUUUUCCAAAUGGGAGCAGCAACAAUAACAACAAUAAUAAUAACAACAACAGUAAUAAUAAUAACAAUGGUAAUGUCAAUAAUAAUGAUACUGAUAAUGGAAGCACUUUGGCAAAUAGUAAUAAUAAUAACGGUAAUGUAAUAGACGAUACCCAGAAAUUGAGCAAUGUCAAAAGACAAAAGAGAUCAGCAAGCUCUAAUAAUAAUGAUCAUGUAAAUGAAAUCGGAAAAGAAGAAUUGAUUCAUUCGGAUUUAGAUGUUAACGUAAACUCUACACAUGAAGCACUUUCAAAAUUACCAAAUCCAUUAUUGGAUACAAGUGAUUCUUCACAAUUAGAUGAUUCAAAACCGUUAUUAGGUGUUACUAAAGUGGAUCAAUUAAUGUUAAUGAUUCAAGCAAGGAAAAAGGGUGUUACUGAAAAAGUUACAACAACCGCUGAUGGUAGACUACUGAUAAAUGAAGAUUCUGAUAUUCUCCCUCAACCCUAUCAAUUGGUUGGUGGUGUCGAGAAACCGAAAGGUUCGCAUGGUGUUAAACAACAUGAGUGUCCUUAUUGUCAUAGAUUUUUUACCCAAUCUACUCAUCUGGAAGUUCAUAUCCGAUCUCACAUUGGUUAUAAACCAUUUCAAUGUGAAUACUGUGGUAAAAGGUUUACUCAAGGUGGUAACUUACAAACUCAUCAAAGAUUACAUACAGGCGAAAAACCAUAUGAAUGUGAACUUUGCGGUAAACGAUUUUCAAGAAAGGGUAAUUUAGCGGCACAUAUUGUUACUCAUCAAAAAUUAAAACCGUUUGUUUGUAAACUAGAUGGUUGCAAUAAAAGUUUUACUCAACUAGGUAACAUGAAAGCUCAUCAAAAUAGAUUUCAUUUAAAUACAUUAAAUGAACUAACUCAAAGAUUGGCUGAAAUGGAUCCUAAUGAAAAUAUUGCUCCACAGGAAAGAGAGCUACUAGAAUACUUUGCAUCUCUUUACAAAAACUCAAAUAAAGGUAUCAAAGGUAGAGGCAAAGGUAGCACGAGGAUAUCACCAGAGUCCUCUCGCAAUUUUACGCAUAUGCAUUCCAAUUCACAGUCACAUCGAUCAUCAGCUUCACCGACUUCUGCUCUGGUUCAAUCUCAGUCUCAACCUCCUCAACAAAUGGUAAUGAAUACAUCCGCCUCAGGAAAUUCCUUAAACCCAGCAGUUUAUGCAGCAAUAAAAAGUCAACAUCUACACCAUCACCAUCAUCAUCAUCAUCAGCAACAACAGCAACAACAGCAACAACAGCAACAGCCUCAGUCAGUUCAUUUGAAAAAUGAUUCUGAAAUGAAAUAUGGAUAUCCAGCAAUUCAUAACCAUUCAACUCAAGGCUCGCCAGACUCUGCGAUUUUAAAUUCUGCAGCACAAAUUCCUUUACGUAAUACAACAUCCGCAUCAUCCGCAUCCUCAGUAUCAUCUAACAAUGCUUUCGCAUUCUCAUUGGAUCAACCAGACAAGAUAGAUGAAAACUCUGCAAAUGUCACAGGCACAAUUGGUAAGGGACAAGUACAAUUCAAAAACGUUAAUUAUAAGGCUUGA